ACAAGAAAAACAAAACCAUAUUUCUCACCAAACGAAACACUUUUCACAUUCAAACUUCAUCAGUUCCUCUCUGAAAAAACCAUGCUAACCCUAAGAGCAAAACCUAGAAAUAAGAGCCCCAAACAUGACGACCUAAUAAAAAGCUACGCCAGCUCCUUCGCCGACUAUGAAGACUGCAUCGUCGGUUUCAUGGACGAUCUGCCACUUGUCUUCUGUGGGCACGAGAAGAAGUGUUUGGGUUGCGGGGAAAGGCUUGCCCACCUGACACUGAGGAGUGUGCUGAGAGGUUCGGUGGGUGUGAUCGGAGAGAGCAAGCUGGGGAUGACUGAGAAGGUGGUGCUGUUGGGAGGUAGGGUUUGUGCCGUGAAGAGGUUCAGGAAUGUGAGCUCUGGGAAGCGUGAGUUUGGGAAGAGAAUUGAGCACUUGGCUCAAGUGAGUCAGAAGUGUGAGUAUCUUCUGCCUGUCAUUGCUUAUUUGUACGCUAAGAGGAUCAAGUUCGUUCUCUCUGAUUAUAAACCCAUGGGAAGCCUCGCCGACUUGCUUGCCGGUAAGCUUAUGCAUUCACUUGGACGUGCUUCCUAA